GCCCAAUCCCCUCCUUGCUUGGCGAACAGCGCGUGCUACGUCCAGUCAACCGCCUUCCCUGAGGCGAUGCCGGUCACGCAAUGUUAUCUCUCCUCCUAAUCCUCACAGGGCUGGGCCGGCUGGCCUCAGCGGGCCAUUACUCUGAAACAGCACGUCUACAAAUUACAGUGCCACGGAAGACUGAGACAAACACCAAAGAUGGCAGUAUUUCAGAAACACAUGUCACCUAUUCCAUCCAAAUUGCCAAGAAAGCAUACACUCUCCCACUUGAAAAACAGUCAUUUUUAGACUCUAAUUUCCUGGUGUAUUCACACAACAAAUCGGGGAUGUUAUAUCCAGAUUCUUCAUUUAUAAAGGGCCAUUGCUUUUAUCAAGGAUAUGCCACAGAGAUUCCAAAUUCAGUUGUGACACUUAGUACCUGCUCUGGACUCAGGGGAUUAUUGCAGUUUGAAAAUGUCAGUUAUGGAAUUGAACCACUGGAAUCUUCAACUACAUUUGAGCAUGUGAUUUAUCUGAUAAGGGAUAAAAAAAGUGAUUUUUCUCCCAUAACAGAAAAUAAUUCUACCACUCAAUUUGCAGAUCAAUCCUACAAAAUUCUUGUGAAAUCAAACAAAGAUUCAGGUGUGAUGUUGAAAAGAGUUCUGAAAAUAUGUGUCAUUGUGGAUAAAGCUUUGUAUGAUUAUAUGGGCUCUGAAGUGGCAAUUGCAUCUGAGAAAAUUAUCUAUAUUUUUAGUCUAAUCAACACUAUGUAUUCUCAGCUUCAAGUGUCCAUUAUGUUAACUUCUCUGGAGAUCUGGUCAGAUCGAAAUAAGAUUUCAACUGAUGGGGAUGCACAUGAAGUACUACAAAGAUUUGUGUCCUGGAGAGAAACAUUUUUAUUACAAAGGUCCCAUGAUUUGGCAUACUUAUUAGUUUACAGGGACCAUCCUACUUAUGUAGGAGCAACAUAUCAUGGAAUGGCAUGUGAUCCAAAGUUUGCUGCAGGACUUGUUCUGUAUUCAAAGAUGAUAACUUUAGAGGCAUUUUCAGUUAUUUUCACGCAGUUACUUGGAAUUAUGCUGGGAUUAAGGUAUAAUAAUGACAUCUACGAAUGUUCCUGUCCGGGAACUGCAUGCAUAAUGAAUCCUGGAGCAAUACCUUCCCAUGGCAUAAAGUUUUUUAGCAGUUGCAGCAUAGAUGAAUUUAAACAUGCAACUUCACAGCCUAAAUUUGAAUGUCUUCAGAACCAAACGGUUCCCAAAGUGGUUCCACAAGGAAGAACUGCAAUCUGCGGCAAUGGGGUUUUGGAACCACCUGAGCAAUGUGACUGUGGGGCCAAGGAGAGCUGCGAGCAUCUGAAAUGCUGCGAUCCUUUACACUGUGUGCUGCUUGGAAACGCGGACUGCGGCUCUGGGCCAUGUUGUGGGAAAAAAACUUGUAAGAUACUUGAUAGAGGAAUACUGUGUAGGAAAAGCAUUGAUCCAUGUGAUUUUCCAGAAUUUUGCAAUGGGGUGUCUGAAUUUUGUGUACCUGAUAUGAGAGCUGCCGAUUUACAAACAUGCAAUAAUAAAUCUUCCUAUUGCUUUAGAGGAAUAUGCCAAGAUAGAACGAAGCAGUGCAAGGAGUUGUUUGGAAAAUUUGCUAAAGAAUCUAGCUAUCAGUGUACACAGGAAGUGAAUUUUCAACGAGAUGAGUUUGGAAACUGUAAUGGAAAAGCUUGUACUUUUUGCCAGCUCCUUUGUGGAAAGUUAGUCUGUCACUGGACACAUUCACUUAUAGUACCAAGGGAUGACAUUGAUGUUCAAUAUACCUACCUUGGAGGCCAUAUAUGUAUGUCAGCAAAUAUAAGAGCUCAUAGAUAUCCGGACCCUACUAUUGUCAAGAAUGGAACCAUGUGUGAUGAGAACAAGUUUUGUGACAGUGGAUCUUGCCAUGACCUCUCUCAAUACAGUCAGUAUGAAAUUUGUGACCCGAGUACCAAAUGCAACGGACAUGGGGUUUGCAAUUCUCGUUUAAAUUGUCACUGUGAUGUUGGAUAUGUACCCCCAGAUUGUGUGCCAACAUUCGCAUCACCAGGAGGAAGUGUUGAUGAUGGAUUUUGGAAUAUAGAAGCUGGGAAAGCUAAAAUUACAGACUUGAUAAAACGACGUGGUGUCUCUCAAAAAAACAACCUCAUGAUCAGUUUCUACGUUUUCUUGCCUUUCUUCAUUUUAACUGCUAUCAUUGCUCUUAAAUGGAAGAAAAUGAAGAUAUUCUGGAACAAACAGGGAACAAUAAGUGGGGAAUCUCCAUCAGAAAUCGGCAGUAAUAACAGCAGUCAGUCUUACAGAUCUCCAUCAGAAAUCAGCAGUAGUAACAGCAAUCAGCCUUACAGUCUUCUACUGCCAGCUGUACUUUAUGGUCAUAUUAAGGACCUGCCUCCAGAAUUUGAUACAUUCAUUCCAUAAACAUAUUUUAUAAGU